AUGGCCCCAUCGAAGCAAUCGAAAAAGCCGGCGCCGAUCGUCGAAUUGCCCCAAAGUGUUUGCUAUUGUGAUGGGUUACGCGAGGUGGGAAGUCUCGAAGUGUUCUGCUCAGGCUGUUUAAAAUGGUACCACGGGCGAUGUUUGCGACAUUUACAAGGAUUUUAUGGCCUCUCAUUCAUGGUGUGCUAUGUGUUCAACUGUGAGAGCUGCAGCCCGACAAAGAUCGAAUCGUGGACACCAAAACAAGCAAAUUUCAUUCAUAUGCUGGUGACGGUUUUGGCGAAUUUGACGUGCGAACGCAUGAAAGAAAUUGGAAAAGAAACGGCGAAAGCGCUCGAGAAGCACAUUUUCUUCAACUUGGAGGAUGAUAUCAUUCCAUAUUUCGAGAAGAACUGGGAAAAUUUGACGUCGAUGCCGCGACGCGUGAAAACGACAUGGCAUCAAACGCUUCAAAGCACCUUGGCCAAGCAGGGCGAUCUCUUUUUGACAAAUCCCCGUGAUGAGAACUCGUUCGCUUUGUUGGAGCUAGAUCUUUCAAAGAUUGGGCCUGUGCACGAGGGUGUGAAGCAGAUCGGCAAGAAAACACCAUCAACAUCGAAUCUCAACUCGACCCUCGUCACCGCACAAGCGACUGAGAAAGCCGAAGAGGUCAUUGACGUUGGUCCAAAGACACGAGGCGCAAAACGACGUACCGCCGAAGGCUCAAAUCCGCCAAGUAAAAAGGGAAAAUAUGGUACCGAUUCGGUUGUCGUUUCGAUUCCCGGUCGACCAAAUCCAAUCGAUUUUUGCUUCAACAAGGACGGCUAUCGUUACUAUUUGGUGGAAAGGAACCCGAAUGUGCCCGAGAAAGAACUCUUCGAUUUAGAGUUGGAGAAUUCGACUAUGGUUAAGAUUCACGAGUUUCUCUACCGAAUCACUCUCUACGAUACGGUGAUGAUGUCACCCAAUGAUCGGGCUUAUCAAAUAAAACUUUACGACGACAAUUUGACGCUGGCCGGCUACGAGGGAUACUGUUUAUCGCGGGCGACGCACUCUGUGGCAAAAGGGACUUGGUAUUUUGAGGUAAACUUCCUCAAACAGCCCGAGGAUAGCCAUAUUCGAAUCGGAUGGAGCCAACCAUAUGCUGUCCUCCAGGCCUGCCUUGGUUAUUCAAAAUACUCGUACAGUUGGCGCUCAUUGAAAGGAACGAAAUUUCACGAAGCGCGCGGGGAAAAGUAUCACUUUGGAGGCUUUAAGCAAGGGGACGUCUUGGGAUGCUUAAUUCAUCUACCACACGAUAACAUUCAUCCUGAAAAAAGUUCAUCCGAUUACCUUCCGAUCACGCACAAAGAUGGUUUCAUCGUCAACUUCAAGCACAACUAUUUCGCCGAAUGUCAGGAUAGUAUGACCGAGUUAAAGGCGAGGAAACUCGAUGUUUUGCCUGGAAGCAGGAUCGAGUUCUUCCUGAACGGCAAAUCUUGUGGUGACGCUUUUACGGACAUCUACGCCGGCUACUAUCACCCAGCCAUUAGUAUCUUUCAGGGAGCCCAGGUGCAAUGUAAUUUUGGGCCAAAGUUUCGCCAUCCUGUCAAAAACGCGCGUGCGAUGUGUGAAAGGGCUGAGGAGACACAGCUAGAACAAUCGCUCUCCGAUUUGCUCUAUUUGGUGGAAAACGAGGAGGAACGAGCGAAAGCUGCCGACGAAAUUCGACGAAUUCAAGCCGACUUAGCAAUU